AUGCGUUCAAUUCUCGCCCCGGUGGUCCUGCUUUCGUCGGCGCUUCUUGCGCGCGCUGGAGGCAUUGCGCAGAAAGAUUUCUCGGGCAUCGGGAAUAUAUUUGUUCUGAACUCGAGCGACUGGCCGAGUGCGACGCCCGAUCAGAAGGUCGGCUGCUUGGACGACAAUGGGAAGUUCAUCAAUCCAGAUGAUGAGGAGGACUGCGGCGUAUUCACAAGACUGGCCAACUAUCCCUACACGCUCUCGACCAAGAAGGGCAACUGCACGUUCGACGACGCGACACAAGAGAAGAACACGGAUAGCUGGUAUGGCAAGAGCGAUAAUGCGUGGAACUGCAACGGUACCCACAAGGCUGUGAUCUACGAUGAGCUCUACACUAUCGAUGGCUUCCCAUACGUCUUCUUAUGCUGGGGCGACAUCGCUUGCUACUAUGAUGUUAAGAAGGUUCCGGGGAAGAACGAGACAUUGUCGCUGUGGCAAUUCCGAUGGGGCUCCCACCAGAUGGGCAUAACACCAGGACACAUGCAGGCGCAGCUGCUGUGGAACAAGAUUGGAGAUCUACCGAAGAGGGAGGACAUGGAGAAUAUUCCGAGCCCGAGGAUUACACUGGAAGAUGGAUUACAGAUACCUCUGGAAGGUCAACAGUUGAGCGCAUAA